CCUCUUCUCGCCUCUCUGUCUUUCCUCGCCGCUCCUGGGCGAGUUAUGCAGACUCUCCUCCUCCUCCUCCUCCUCCUCCGCGGCGGCGGCGGCUGGUAGGACCCGAUGCUGUUGGCUGGAGCCCGGGGCUCUGGCGAUGGGGGGCUGAGGGGGAGAGCCAGAGCUGCCCGGGGACGCGGAUCCCGCGGGGGCCCAGUCGGCGUGGACUUGAGGCGCGCGUGGGCUGCCGGGCUGCCCUGCUCCCGCCCUCCGCCCGCCGCUGGAAGAAGCCCUCCCGUCUCUAAAUGGAAUUAGUGGAGAGCGGAGGCCCUGGUGUAAGGAACAGACAUGAUCCAUGGGCGCAGCUUGAUUCACAUUGUAGCAAGUUUUAUCAUCCUACAUUGGGCUGGGGCAACAAAAAAAGGAGCAGAAAAGCAAACCACUUCAGAAGGACAAAAAACAGUGCAGUGUGGAACCUGGACAAAAUACCCAGAAGGAGGCAUCUUCACUUCCCCCAAUUACCCCAACAAAUACCCUCCUGACAGAGAGUGUGUCUACAUUAUAGAAGCUGCUCCAAGACAAUGUAUUGAAUUACACUUCGAUGAAAAGUAUUCCAUAGAACCUUCUUGGGAGUGUAAAUUUGAUCACAUUGAAGUGCGGGAUGGACCCUUUGGCUUUUCCCCAAUAAUUGGUCGUUUCUGUGGACAACAAAACCCACCUAAAAUAAAAUCCAGUGGCAGAUUCCUGUGGAUUAAAUUUUUUGCUGAUGGUGAACUUGAAUCUUUGGGAUUUUCUGCACGAUACAAUUUCACACCUGAUCCAGACUUCAAAGACCUUGGUGUUUUGAAACCAUUGCCAGUUUGUGAGUUUGAGAUGGGAGGAUCUGAAGGAAUUGUGGAAUCUGUGCAAAUUGGAAAAGAAGGGAAAGCUUCUGACAAUGAAGCAGUAGAUUGUAAAUGGUAUAUCCGAGCACCACCACGAUCCAAGAUAUAUUUACGAUUCUUGGACUAUGAAAUGCAGAAUUCUAAUGAAUGCAAAAGGAAUUUUGUGGCUGUCUAUGAUGGAAGUAGCUCAGUGGAGGAUUUAAAAGCUAAGUUUUGCAGCACUGUUGCUAAUGAUGUGAUGCUGCGCACAGGUCUUGGAGUAAUCCGCAUGUGGGCAGAUGAAGGCAGUCGAAGCAGCCGAUUCCAGAUGCUCUUCACAUCUUUCCAAGAACCCCCCUGUGAAGCCAACACAUUCUUUUGCCAUAGUAAUAUGUGUAUUAAUAAUACAUUAGUCUGCAAUGGACUUCAGAACUGUGUGUAUCCAUGGGAUGAAAACCACUGCAAAGAGAAGAGAAAAGCCAACCUGUUGGAUCAGCUUACCAAUACCAGUGGGACAGUAAUUGGGGUGACCUGUUGUAUUGUGGUUCUCCUUAUCAUUAUCUCUGUUAUAGUACAAGUCAAACAGCCUCGUAAAAGAUUUGUCCAGAGGAAAGCAGACUUUGAUCAAACAGUAUUCCAGGAGGUGUUUGAGCCUCCUCACUAUGAGUUAUGCACUCUUAGAGGAACAGGGGCUACAGCGGACCUUGCAGAUGUUGCAGAUGAUUUUGAAAAUUAUCAUAAACUGCGUAGAUCAUCUUCAAAAUGCAUUCAUGACCAUCACUGUGGAUCACAGUUAUCUAGCACUAAGGGCAGCCGUAGUAACCUCAGCACAAGAGAUACGCCUAUCUUGACAGAAAUUCAACCUCAGCCUGUAAAGCCCCUGAUCCAACCCAUGAACCGAAGAAAUAUUCUUGUCAUGAAACAUAGCUAUUCACAAGAUGCAGCAGAUGCGUGUGAGAUCGAUGAAAUCGAAGAGGUACCAACCACGAGUCACAGGCUGUCCAGACACGAUAAAGCUGUCCAGCGGUUCUGCCUCAUUGGGUCUCUAAACAAACAUGAAUCUGAGUACAACACAACUAGGGUGUAAAAGACAGACUAAAGACUGCUUGAGAAUAGUGCGAUCCUGAGUGAUUUUGAAUAUGCUACAGUGAAUUGUGAAAAUCGGCCCUGGAACUACCAGCUAGAGAUGUUCUGGACUCUGACCAGCUAUUCCAAUUUCAUGAAAAAAAUCAUCAGUCAGUAAUGAGUAAACCUAACGGAUGGCAAUAAGACUCUUAUUACUUAUCAUUGCUAUCAUUUAUUCUUACUAUUACAGUUUUUCCUUUAUUUAUACUUUUUGUUUGCUUUGUUAUAUUUUGUUACGAAGACAAUAUUACCCAAUUUCAGGAAUAAACGAUUAAAUCAGGUAUUUACCCAUUCACAAUCACUUCACUAGAAAUAUUUGUUAGAUAUAAAUCUAACAAUAUAACUGAAUUUGACUCUCAGAAACUGAUUUGCAUGUACGUUGCUGAAUAUUUGAGUUGGCCAGACAGCAAUGGCAAGAAAUCCCUUUGAUGAGAUACAUUGUAAAAAGCAUGCAUUCAUAUUACUGCUGUUCCUAUCCAUUUCUUUGUGUCAUAUGCUUGCUAAUUGUAACUUUUUAUAUAAAGAUACAUAAAACAAUGUAUAAUAAUUUCUUA